GCAAACUUCUUUUUUAGUGCAGGUAUGUGCACAGCAGAGUGCAACAGCAGUCAGCCUGCAAACAGCAGUGUUCACCCGCUGCAACUGGCCGGUUCCAGUUUACAGAGGACCAGUUUAAAACUGGCUGUAAUUCAGAUGUUUGUGUGGCCUUUUUUCCUCAUCAACCUUCUCAUGCUUUUCACUUUCUACAGGAAACAGGCUUUCAGAACUGAGACCCGUUAUAUACUGUUCGCUCACACCUUACUGACUGACGUGAUUUUUCUUUUACUGACAGAUUUUGCGGUAAUUCUGUCGUACAGCUUGUUUCUGAUGCCUGUGUCAUUCUGUAUUCCACUGUGUAUUCUAAUAGAGGUGGUUAAUACCUGCACCCCGCUAACCAUCACUGCAAUGUGUGUGGAGCGCUAUGUGGCCAUAUGCAUGCCUCUGAGACACAGUGCCAUCUCCACCACCAGCAGAACCAUUAAUGUUAUUCUUAUUAUCUGGAUCAUAAGUUCUAUAAAGCCGUUUGUGGAUGUUAUCAUUCUGUUUCGAACUGCUCCAGAACAGUAUUUUAUAGAGCCCACUCUCUGCUUCUAUGAGGUUAUGACACCGGAGCAUUGGCACCGUGUGAUGAGGGGAAUUUUGUAUAUUAUUACUUUUAUAAUAAUCCUACUCACAGAGUCUGUUUGCUAUCUGAUGAUUAUGAUUGCUGCUCAUGCCGCCUCUGUUGAUAGGAAGUCAGCAGGUAAAGGUCUGCGGACCAUCUCCCUGCACAUGAUUCAGCUCAUCCUCUGCACUUCUGAGAUCGUUUGUCCUUAUAUAGAAGCUUUAAUUAUAGAAGUAGAUAUUGAGUUAUACUUGUCCGUCCGUUUUUUUAACUUUAUUACAUUUAACGUCAUCGCCAGGGCGGUAACUCCACUCGUCUAUGGCCUCAGAGAUGAGAAGUUUUACGCUGCCAUGCUGUGCAACAUCAGAUGUAGGCCAAAUCACAUUUCAUCUGAAAACAGAGACUCAAACUCAUAAAAUCACUCAAUCAACUGUGAGAAUUUCAGUGAAAUAUACCAUAAAUAACUUGUAAACUGCUGUAAUCCAGUAAAACAUCGUGAAAUCUGUUUACAGAGCCUGGUGCAUACUUACAGUAGUCACUUCAUUU